CAGAGACAGACAAUGUCCAACAGCAGCUCCAUCACCCACUUCCUCCUCCUGGCAUUCACAGACACUUGGCAGCUGCAGCUCCUGCACUUCUGGCUCUUCCUGGCCAUCUACCUGGCUGCCCUGCUGGGUAACAGCCUCAUCAUCACCACCAUAGCCUGUGACCAGCAUCUGCACACCCCCAUGUAUUUCUUUCUCCUGAACCUCUCCCUCAUUGACCUGGGUGCCAUCUCCACUACUGUCCCCAAAUCCAUGGUCAAUUUCCUCUGGGACACCAGGGACAUCUCCUAUGCAGGAUGUGCUUCUCAAGUGUUUUUCUUUACCAUCUUUCUUUCAGGAGAGUUUUAUCUCCUCACCAUCAUGUCCUACGAUCGCUACGCUGCCAUUUGCAGACCCCUGCACUAUGAGACCCUCCUGGGCAGCAGAGUCUGUGUCCACCUGGCAGCAGCUGCCUGGGCCUGUGGCAUUCUCAAUGCUGUGCUGCACACGGCCGGUACAUUUUCCCUGCCCCUCUGCCAGGGCAGUGCUGUGGACCAGUUUUUCUGUGAAAUCCCCCAGAUCCUCAAGCUGUCUUGCUCCUCAUCCUACCUCAGGGAAGUUUGGCUCCUUGCUUUUAGUACUUUUCCAUUUGUGGGAGGUUUUGUGUUCAUUGUGGUGUCCUAUGUGCAGAUCUUCAGAGCUGUGCUGAGGAUCCCCUCUCAGCAGGGACGCCACAAAGCAUUUGCCACCUGCCUGCCUCACCUGGCUGUGGUCUCCCUGUUUAUAAGCACUGGCAUCUUCGCCUACAUGAAGCCCCACUCCAUCUCCUCCCCAUCCCUGGAUCUGGUGGUCGCAGUUCUGUACUCCGUGGUGCCUCCAGCAGUGAACCCUCUCAUCUACAGCCUGAGGAACCAGGAGCUGAAGGUUGCCCUGAGCAAACUGAUCACUGGAUGCCUUCAGAAACAAUAA